UGCUGGGGGAUUCUGGGAACUGUAGUCCUGCGAGACAUUUAGCCUCCGGCGUCUGUCAGAGAGAGAGAGAGAGCUCUGUGCCACAAUCACACUGCAGUUCAGUUCCCAGGGUUCUCUGGCACUGAGCCAGGGCAGCUAACGCGGGCUCAAAGUGGGUGAUUAUCCCUGGAACCUCAAUGAGGGCUAUUGAAGGCGCAGAGACAUCCCUCUGAGGAUGGAAGGCGCCUUUCUCUCCCGGUCAGAACAACGAGGCCUUCGGCAUGGAAAGCAACCAGGAGCCACGAGUCCCUGGAUCGCAGCCGUAUUAUACGGAGCACUCGCUCGGGUCCCCACCGGAUCAAGCCCCAUGAAGAUGGCAUCCCUUACAGAACAUGGAAGAGAGAGAGAGAGAGAGAGAGAGAUUGAUUAAAAAAUCCCAUGGAUUUAGAAGAAAGCACUAAUAAAUUGGGAUCUGAGAUUCAUGGCUGAGGUCGCAUUGCUUCAGUCUUCAGCCCAAAUACAACCGGCUGGAGGCAGACUGAAACAGUGACAAAUCGCGGCAGAGUUGCCUCUUACAUAUGUCUCUGUGUGUUUAUGAAACAGGAAACAUGGCCGAUUGGCGGAGGAAGAGUCCUUUGGAGUGGCUGAAUUAUGUGAACAAGGAAGUCAGAGUGCUAUCUGCUGAGAAACACCAGCAUAAAGGAUGGGUUUUGACAGUAGACCCAGUCUCUGCCAACAUUCUUUUAGCAAAUUUCCUUGAGAAUGGAAAAACAUGUAUUUCAGCCAUUUUGGGUCAUGCAGUGCAAGAUGUUGAAAUAGUGGCUGAAGCAGAUGAUGAGAUGAAAGGGAAGCUUGCACACCUUUUCAUGCCUGAAAAAAGCCAAACCUAUAAUCAAGAAGAGUUGGAUCAAAAGAAAAACAGUUUGAAAAGUUGGCUGGUGAAAAACCAUAUCCCUGUAGAAGAACAAGGAGAAUCACAAUCAUCAUUGUGUGUUGCAGGAGUUUUAACUAUUAACCCACCGUAUGGACCAGAAGACUGCAAUGGUUCCAAUGAGAUAAUUUUGUCUAGAGUUCAACAGUUGAUAGAAAGUUACCUUGCACUUCCACAAUGAUGGUUAUACUUGUAAAAUCUAUGUACUACUUGCAAUUUUUUCCCCUUACACUAGGUCUAAAUAUAUACCGGUAUUUUCAUAAGGAA